AACCUCUGCUCUCCACUCUUCUCUUUUUCUUCACUUCCAACUUCCAAUUUCUAAUAUUUAAUUCCGCCAUCAUCUCAUUCUAAAAGAAUCCCCUUUUCUCUCUCCCUCAGAGCCCGGAAGAUUUCCACUUUCCAAGCCAAACCCAUGAUUUGCUCACUAAUCGCCCCUGGUAAUCCCUUUCCCUCUCUCAAACCCAUCUUCGCCAGACCCCCACCAAAGCCCAUCCUCUGUUUGCACCAUCGAAACCCCAAUUCCAUCCAAACCCCAUCAAAACCCAUCGGCAUUUUCACCAACACGCUUCUGCAGAACAACCCAGCUCGUGGUUUGUACAGAGAAGGCGAGAAGAGAGAGGGAAAUGGCAGAAGAAGAGGGUCUUCUCUUGUGGGUAGCCACCGAAUGUUGCUCCUCUGCGGCCUUGGGUAUUGGGUUCAGGGUUUUAGGUGCUUCCCAUGGCUGGCCCUCAACUUCCACAUGGCCCAUUACCUUAAUCUCCAUCCCUCUACUCUGCAGCUGGUGCAGAACUCUGGGAACCUUCCCAUGGUCGCCAAACCCUUGUAUGGAAUACUCUCUGAUGCUCUGUAUAUUGGUGGCGCUCGUAGAGUGCCUUAUGUUUCCAUUGGAGUACUCUUGCAGGUCCUAUCUUGGGGAUCUCUGGCAUUGAUCCCUGUGGCAGGUGAAGCCCUUCCUGCCUUAAUGGCGUGUGUUCUUCUAAGUAAUCUUGGAGCAUCCAUAACGGAAGUUGCAAAGGAUGCACUUGUUGCAGAAUAUGGCCAAACACACAAAAUUUGUGGCCUUCAAUCUUAUACAUUUAUGGGUUUAGCUGUUGGUGGAAUCUUAGGCAACUUCAUUGGUGGAUAUAACCUACUGAGUUCACCACCUAGAAAAAUGUUUCUUUUGUUUUCUAUUCUGCUUUCCCUCCAACUUUCAAUUUCAUCUGCUACAAGAGAGGAAUCUCUUGGUUUGCUCCAACUUUCAGAACCUGAUGUUCAUGGGAAAUCAAUCAUGGAGAAUGUCAGAAAUCAGAUAAAUGACCUUGUAACUGCUGUUAGUGAUCAAAGUGUAUUUCUCCCGCUGACUUGGAUUGUAGCUUCCAUUGCCAUGGUCCCUGUUCUAUCAGGCUCCAUCUUUUGCUACCAAACACAAUGCCUUCAUCUUGAUCCUUCGAUCAUCGGGAUGUCUCGAGUGGUUAGCCAAUUGGUGCUUCUUUCGGUCACCGUACUUUACGACCGCCAUUGGAAAAGAGUAUCCAUGAAAAAGCUAAUUGGCAUGGUGCAGAUUUUGUACGCUUCUUCCUUACUUUUUGACUUGGUUUUGGUGAAACAGAUCAACCUUAAGCUGGGCAUUUCCAAUGAGAUGUUUGCUCUCUGCUUUUCGGGUUUGGCUGAAACCAUUGCACAGUUUAAGCUAUUACCAUUUUCUGUAAUCUUUGCAAACCUAAGUCCAAAGGGUUGUGAAGGGUCUCUCAUUUCGUUUUUUGCAUCAGCUGUAUGCUUGUCUUCCAUAGUAAGCGGUUUUUUCGGUAUCGGGUUGGCUUCUUUGAUUGGAAUAAGAUCAGGUAACUACUCAAGCUUGCCUGUGGGGAUUCUGAUACAGUUCAUUGCAGCUUUAUUGCCAUUGAUCUGGAUCCAUUUUGUACCCACGACAUCGCCCGUUGUCGAAAGAGAAAAGAAGAGAGUAAUGAGUAGAAGAUCUAGAAAAAAUAGAAGGGUCGGCCGAGUCAUGUAUAGUGGUUCUGUAUAUGUCUAUCGACGCGAGAGGGAAUCCGAGAUGCAGGUGUGAAAGAUCUAGUUUCUUCUGCAUCUUAUCUUGUGAACAGAGAAUAGAAAGAAGGAAAUGUAUGACUCUUCAGAUUCUACAGUUCAACUUCAUUCCCUUAGUUGUAAAUGAAUCAAAUCUUUACUCCAAAUGGUUCAAACACAUAUGAAAGACUAGCCUUAUGAUGCAUCAGCUUUCUUUGGUAUGGUGAACAAGAUGAGUCUCGGGUUCCUCCCGUUCGUCGCUUUUCGACCYGUAUCGGGUUUUAUGGGGUUGUGGAGGAAGGGCAAAUUUCUGUGUUUAAGUUUGUUUGGCAAGAAGAAUCUGAUGAGUGUGUGAUGUGACCACCUUCCUAAUGCAAAGAAAAGCAUGAGCAGGAUUAUAAUAUUGAUGUGCAAUUGAAACAAAGGAGUUGUCCAGUUGCCUCUUCUAAUCUAUGUAUAUUUACAUCACUAAU